CAGAAUCGACUUAAAGUUAUUGAAAUGUAUCUUUGUUAUAGGAAGGCAAUUAUAAAGCAGAAUACAGCUGUAAUGCACAUUUGUUUGAUGAAGAAAGCAUCACAAUUUCAUCCUCCCACUGCAAAAUUACCUGCAUUAAAAAGUAAGAAAAAAGAUGACAGAAAAAGCAAGUGCAGAUGAUUUUCAAGUUCAGGAUUUUCUGAAGAAGAAGAAGAAAAAGAAAAAAUACAAAGAACAUAAGGAACAUGAAAAUGAUGAAAGAGAAAGCAUACAGGUUGCAGAGCUUUCCUCUGCUUCUCCACCUCUGCUUGAAGAUCAAGCAGCACAGAGUGGUGAAGGUUUUAAAAAGGAGAAAAGAAAAAAGAAGAAGGAGAAGCAGCAGUCUUUGUUAGGUAAUUCUUGUGUAGAACUGGAAAGUGACAUUAAUAAUGAAACUGGAGUGGAUGCUUCCCAAAAGAAAAAGAAGAAAAAGAAGUGGAAGCAUAAUGAUAAUACGGAUGAGGAAAGUAAUGCUGUAUCUUGUAUCGCAAUAAAUCAGAGUUGCUCUGAUAUUUGUCAGGAGAUUGACACUGAUUACGUUUAUUUAAAGCUACCUGUGAAGAAAAAAAGAAAAGAGAAAUUACCUGAAGAGGAUGAGGUAUGUGAGCUGCCUGAAUCCACUUAUUUAGAAGCACCUGUAGAAGUGAAGGAAAGAAAAGAGAAGAUGCCUGAAGAGGAUGAGGUAGGUGAGCUGCCUGAAUCCAUUUAUUUAGAACCGCAUAAGAAGAAGAAGAAAAGAAAAGAGAAAUUACCUGAAGAGGAUGAGGUAUGUGACCUUCCUGAAUCCACUUAUUUAGAAGCACCUGUAGAAGUGAAGGAAAGAAAAGAGAAAUUACCUGAAGAGGAUGAGGUAGGUGACCUUCCUGAAUCCACUUUUUUAGAAGCACCUGUAAAGGUGAAGAAAAGAAAAGAGAAAUUACCUGAAGAGGAUGAGGUAGGUGACCUUCCUGAAUCCACUUUUUUAGAAGCACCUGUAAAGGUGAAGAAAAGAAAAGAGAAAUUACCUGAACAGGAUGAGGUAUGUGACCUUCCUGAAUCCACUUAUUUAGAAGCACCUGUAAAGAUGAAGAAAAGAAAAGAGAAAUUACCUGAAGAGGAUGGGGUAUGUGACCUUCCUGAAUCCAUUUAUUUAGAAGCACCUGUAAAGAAGAAGAAAGGAAAAGAGAAAUUACCUGAAGAGGAUGAGGUAUGUGAGCUGCCUGAAUCCACUUAUUUAGAAGCACCUGUAGAAGUGAAGGAAAGAAAAGAGAAAUUACCUGAACAGGAUGAGGUAGGUGAGCUGCCUGGAUCCACUUAUUUAGAACCACCUGUAAAGAAGAAGAAAAGAAAAGAGAAAUUACCUGAAGAGGAUGGGGUAUGUGAGCUGCCUGAAUGCAUUUAUUUAGAACCACCUGUAAAGAAGAAGAAAAGAAAAGAGAAAUUACCUGAAGAGGAUGAGGUACAUGAGCUGCCUACCUCAGAAACACAUGACAAAAAUGGAAGUAAAAGAUCAAAAAGCAAGAAUAAAACAUGCAGCAGUACCCUAGAUACACAAGAAGCAGCAGAUGUAACUGUUGACCAGUCACUGUUGUCACCUGCAGAGCAAAACGGGCAAGGGAAAGGCACAGAACUGCCAGUAGCUGCAGAAGCGGGUGGUGUGGCAUCAUCCCAGCAACGGCAUGAAGAUGGUGACUGUGAUGCUUCUCCUGCCAGGAGAGAAGAUUCUAUGGUUGUACCUGCUAAUUUAUCUAAGCUGACUAAAGCAGCUCAUCAUUCUUCUAAAGAACGUCCAGUGCGCCCUGAGAAGAUAAAAAGCAGAGCUUAUAUCACAGAGGAAAGUUCUUCAGAUUCUGAUGUAACGACACCAGCAGCAUUGGCAUGGGAACCAUAUAGAAGGCAGAACCAGAACAGUUCCUUUACUAGAACAGGAACCACAGGUGACGGCAGUAAGCAUCAUGAUGAUGAUGAUGAUGAUGAUGAUGAUGAAGAGUACCUGAAUUUUCCUGUCAUGGAUCUGGAUACCGCAAAACAGGAACUGGAAGAGUUUAUUCCUCAUGUGAGGAAUAUAUCAGAGCAUACAAUCAUGAAGAUAGCUUUAAAAGACCUAGCAAGGUUUAAAGAGUUUAAAAAACAAGGUAUUCCUGUCAGGUUUGGCAGAUUUUCCGAGAAGGAGAAUAAUCAAAUCCGGAAAAAUAUUGCAGCGUUCUUAGAACUGACUGGGAUAGAUAGUGCUGAGAAACUCCUGUUUACCUCGAGGUAUCCAGAAGAGAAAAAAGCCAUCAAUCGCUUAAAAUUAAAACAUCUAUUUUUUGAAAAAAUUUCUGAGGGCAUACCACGACUCUGGACGCUGAUAUAUUACCGAGCAAGAAAGAUCUUUGACCCACACAAUUAUAAAGGGAGGUACACUAAUGAAGAAAAAGAAAAAUUGAAGCAGUGUUAUGCUCUGCAUGGCAAUGAUUGGAGGAAGAUUUCUGAGAUGAUGUGCCGUUCUAACCUCUCAGUUGCUAUGAAAUACUCUGAAAUCAAGUCACAUGCUAAUUAUGGCCCUUGGUCAAAGGAAGAGGUCCGGAAGUUAAUGUGUGCAGUGGAGGAGGUGAUUAGGAAAAGAUUAGGAGUGGAAGAUGGACGUUCAAAUAGAGAUAUUUUAAUUGACCGUGAGAAACUGUUCCAGAAAUUCCCAUGGACUGAGAUCGAAACUAAAGUGGGAACUCGAUAUUGGAGACAAUGUAAACAGAAAUGGAUUACAAUUUUAACAAACAAGUUAGGCAAAGGACGGCAGUUAUGGAGGGGGACCAAAGGAUUACAAGUCAGAAUCAAUUUUAUUAAAAGGUUGCGUGAACUGAACGUGGAGGAUUCUAGUGAAGUAAAGUGGGAAGAAUUUAGUGAUAUUAUGGGAGGUGCCCCUAGAGACUACGUUCAAGCAAAUUUUUAUAAGCUAAAAAUCUCCUCUGUGCCUUUAUGGCGAAAAAAGACUUUUUCUGAAAUUAUUGAAUACCUUUAUGAAACUACACUUCCAGCACUUGAAGAAAAGCUUGAAAGAGAGAAGGGGAACGACCCUAGUCCUGACAACUCAGAACCUGAGCAACAGAAGCAGGUUUUCCUACUCAGUGACAUUUUUGACACCAGUGAAGAAGACCAGUUAAUUGACUGCCCUAAAGACAGUACCCAGUGUCCACAUUGAACUAUACAAUGGAUGUGGUUGAAAGUGGGCACAGUCUAACAACUGCAGGUACACAGGGUAUCUAGUGAUGGAGAAAGUAAAGAUACAGAUGUCUGAUUCUCUUUGUUUCAUAUUGAAGGCAGGUAAAUACAGUUUAAGCAUUCAACUUUCUGAAUGUCUCAAAACCGGUAUUUUUCCACUACUUUGUUUUCUGUGUAGUUGAAAGCUGCUCCUUAGCCUUUAUGCAUAAGCUUGGUUUUCAGAACUUUAAUAUGUUUUAAGUAAUUUUUUUUAAAUAUCAGUGACUUGGGAAAGGACUUUUA